AUGCUGCAAGAGAAGAGUGUGGCUGAGAGUGAUGAGAGCUUUCCAGCAGCUCCAGUAGAUGGACACCAGGAACACAAUGUACAGUCUCCAGGGCAUGGAGCACCAGGAGCAAGCAGCAUGUCUCCAGGCAGCCCCCAGGGACAGGACCCUGACCAGAGCAUAGAGAACAUCAAGGUUUAUCUCCAUGAGAAGGAACUUUGGAAGAAAUUUCAUGAAGCUGGGACAGAAAUGAUCAUCACAAAGGCUGGCAGGCGGAUGUUUCCAAGUUACAAGGUGAAAGUUACAGGGAUGAAUCCCAAGACAAAGUACAUUCUGCUGAUUGACAUUGUGCCUGCUGAUGACCAUCGUUACAAGUUUUGUGACAACAAGUGGAUGGUGGCUGGAAAAGCAGAGCCUGCUAUGCCUGGGAGGCUGUAUGUACACCCAGACUCACCAGCAACAGGAGCACACUGGAUGCGGCAACUUGUCUCCUUUCAGAAGCUGAAACUGACUAACAAUCACUUGGAUCCAUUUGGACAUAUUAUUUUGAAUUCUAUGCACAAAUACCAACCAAGGCUCCACAUUGUAAAAGCAGAUGAAAAUAAUGCAUUUGGUUCAAAAAACACCGCCUUUUCCACCCAUGUAUUCACAGAGACGACAUUCAUUUCAGUCACAUCGUAUCAGAAUCAUAAGAUUACCCAGCUCAAAAUUGAAAACAACCCCUUUGCUAAAGGAUUCCGAGGGGGCGAUGACAGUGAUCUGCGCGUAUCUCGUUUACAGAGGGAAUAUCCGGUCAUUUCCAAAAGCAUCGUCAGGCAAAGACUGAUUUCCAACCAUGGCCAGUUGACACCGAAAAUGGAAGGCAGUAUAGCGCAGGCUCAUCAGCAUUACCCGUACGACAGUUCCGGGCCCAUUCCGCUCAGCUCACCCGGAGCCCAGGACCUGGCACUCAGUCCCUUCGCAGCAGCACAGAGAGACUCGGGGCUCAUCUACCACUGUUUUAAACCAAGAGAAGCCCAUGGUCAUCCAGAGCUGUCAUGUAAGCGGCCUUUUCUAGAAGCCCCUACUUCCAUUGCUGAAGAACAUUACUUUCGUCCGCCACCAUAUGACCAACAGGUGAUGAGCCCAUCCUAUCGAAAUGAGGCUGAUCUAAGGGACGCCUGCAUGUUUUCCACUGCUGGAAGUGAUGUGCCUGGAGGAGCUGCUGCCGAGGAGCAUCCUCCUCAAACAUUAAACUGCAACAUGUGGGCUUCAGUACCACCAUAUGGUAACUGCAGUGUUCAGACCAUGGAAACUGUUCCUUAUCAGCAUUUCUCAGCUCACUUCACCACCACAGCCAUGAUGCCCCACCUCUCUACCAUCCCAGGACAGAGCACACAGCCUCCCUGUGAUUCACAGUUCAGUGGCUAUCAUUCGCCACCUCAACACCAGGUUCGACAACGGGUACCCAUUUCUUCAUGUUCUCCACGGGACAGAAUUCCUCUCUCACCACAUGAGAGAGUGCCACCUUCUCCUCACACUCAGAACACUCGGGAAUUCCUUUUCUCACAAAGCCUAUCUUUACCAAGGGAGCUACCUACCCAAUACCAUUCUGGUUUGGGGCCUGUGACAAACUGGACAGACAGUUGACUCAGACUGAUAUAACCAAGCGGUAUUACUAAGAAGGAUGCAGAAACUGUUUUGGAUUUCUAAUGUUAGGCAGAUAGAUUUCACACUGCAAAAGCUUUGAAGUUGCCUCGAUACAAUCUCUCAAUUUGACUCUGCUAAACUAGAGAUAUUUUAUU